GGCUGCUGGGAUGCGCCACAGCGAAUGACCUUUCACCUGCGCCCAGCAGCCUCGGGCUGCACAAGGCGGAAGCCAUGGCGGAGGCAGCGGCGUCGGCGGCUGCCGAUGGGGCGGGCUGCGGCUCGGGCUCAUCCCUGGAGCGAGAGCGGGAGAGGGUCUGCGCCGGGAGAAGGCUCCGGGUCCUCUCGGGCCAUCUGCAGGGCCGUGCCCCGGCGGCGGCUCUCGUUCUCAACGAGUGCAGAGGCCGGGCCCCGGCGGCAGCACCGGCGGCGCCUCCGCCCGCGGCUCCCGAGUCCAGCAGCAUCCCCAAGAAGCGGCAAGAACUGAUGAAGUGGAAUGGAUGGGGAUAUAAUGAUUCCAAGUUCAUCAUUAAUAAGAAGGGCCAAAUUGAAUUUACUGGGAAAAGGUACCCUCUUAGUGGCAUGGUUUUGCCAACAUUUAGAGAAUGGUUACAAAAUGUUCUUGGAUUAAAUUUGGACCAGAGAACUACCUCUAAAGCAUCUUUAAAUGCUAGUGAUGUACCUCCUUCUGUUGUAAAAGAAGAUUUUCUUGAUGACCUUAAAGAAACUAGCAUUUCAUAUUCACAAGAAGCAGAUGAUAGGGUAUUCAGAGCUCAUGGUCAUUGUCUACAUGAGAUAUAUUUGCUCAGGGAAGGAAUUUUUCAACGAAUUCCUGAUAUAGUAUUAUGGCCAAAGUGUCAUGAUGAUGUAGUUAAGAUUGUGGAUUUGGCCUGCAAAUAUAAUCUUUGUAUCAUCCCAUUUGGUGGAGGAACAAGUGUUUCAUCUGGACUGUCAUGUCCUGUAGAUGAGAAAAGAACAAUUGUUUCAUUGGACACUUCACAAAUGAAUCGAAUCCUCUGGGUUGAUGAACACAAUCUGACGGCCCAUGUAGAAGCUGGUAUAACAGGACAGGAGCUGGAGAGACAGCUUAAAGAAAGUGGUUAUUGUACGGGUCAUGAACCAGAUUCCCAGGAAUUCAGCACCGUGGGAGGAUGGGUAUCAACUCGAGCAUCAGGCAUGAAAAAAAACAUCUAUGGCAAUAUUGAAGACUUGGUGGUUCAUAUAAAAAUGGUAACCCCAAAAGGCGUAAUAGAAAAAAGCUGUCAAGUACCUCGCAUGUCAACAGGCCCCGAUAUCCAUCACUUCAUUCUGGGAUCUGAAGGAACUCUUGGUGUGGUUACAGAAGCUACAAUAAAAAUCAGACCAGUCCCUGAAUACCAAAAGUAUGGCUCAGUAGCCUUCCCUAAUUUUGAACGAGGAGUAGCCUGCUUAAGAGAAAUUGCAAAACAGAGAUGUGCACCUGCAUCAAUUCGUCUCAUGGACAAUAUGCAGUUUCAGUUUGGUCUUGCUCUUAAACCUCAGGUUUCCUCUAUUUUUACAUCAUUUUUGGAUGGAUUGAAAAAAUUUUACAUCACAAAGUUUAAAGGAUUUGAUCCCAACCAGCUAAGUGUAGCUACAUUACUCUUUGAGGGGGAUCGAGAAAAAGUUCUUCAACAUGAAAAACAAGUGUAUGAUAUAGCCGCCAAAUUUGGUGGUUUGGCAGCUGGAGAAGACAAUGGACAGAGAGGUUAUUUGCUGACAUAUGUCAUUGCAUAUCUUCGGGACCUGGGCUUGGAACACUAUGUAUUAGGAGAAUCCUUUGAGACAUCUGCACCUUGGGAUAGGGUUAUAGAUCUCUGUAGAAAUGUAAAGGAAAGAAUAGCAAAAGAGUGCAAAGAGAAAGGUGUCCAGUUUUCACCUCUUUCUACUUGCAGGGUAACACAGACAUAUGAUGCAGGUGCAUGUAUCUACUUCUAUUUUGCCUUUAACUACAGAGGAAUUAGUGAUCCUCUGACUGUCUUUGAAGAAACUGAGGCAGCUGCUAGAGAGGAAAUCCUUGCCAAUGGAGGAAGCCUGUCACAUCAUCAUGGAGUGGGCAAGUUGCGGAAGCAGUGGCUGAAGGAAACUAUCUCCGAUGUCGGCUUUGGAAUGCUGAAGUCUGUCAAGGAAUAUGUGGACCCCAAUAAUAUCUUUGGAAACAAGAACCUUUUAUAAAUUCAUUAUUCUCUGAUAUACUUAAUUAAGAAUCACACACAAAUGCUUUUUUAGUCUACAAGUCUAUGGUUAUCCCAGUAAUCAAAUAUAUCAUGGACUAUAUUUGGGGUGUAUUUUGUUUAUUGAUUUAUAAAAAAAUCUUUUAUUCUUGAGUUAUGCUCUGUUUAUACAUCUGUGGAUGGACAGGUGGCGUUCCUAAAUCUCUCGCACUGUAAAGGGCAUCAGUUUACAACCAACUUGGAGAUGCAAGUCAUUCCAAGUUUUAGUUAGGCAGCACAGAGCUUAUGAUUGUAAUUUCAGUGGAAGAUACAAUCAGCUGUUUUGUGUUGAAGCUUCCUCUGCCUGGAGAACAAAGAUUGGUAUUGGUAUUAUUUAGUGAAACUGAUUAUCCAGCCUUCUUUUAGAAAAAAGUUUCUGGGAGGCAGAUAACUAGGGAAGGAUUCCACUGAGAGAACAUUUCCAUGUAAAAGGUUUUUCUUUCUUUUUUUCUUCUUCUAUUUUAAAGGAAGCAGGCCUGAAUGGGAGGAGUCAUGGAGGAAUAAUUAUUCUUGAAUGAAUAAAGAUAGCCUAGCAUUUUAAAGAUGCACUGAAUUUUGUAAAAUGUUUUGGCCUGCAUUUUCCUUUCUAAUUAUUUUAAAAAUCAAAACCCUUGAAUUGGCAUAGAAAUUAUACUGUUACAGCACAAUUUUUUUUCUUUGUAUGUUUGUUUACACUGAAGUCUGAAUUGUAUUUGUAUCAUUGGGAUAAUCUAUUGUAAUAUCCUGGUUCAUUCAUCAUAUGUUUUGUAUAGAAAAAGAUGACAUCGCUCAUAUUGUAUGUGAAGAGCAGGUUUACCAUAAAAUGAAUGCCUUCAUUCACGCUGUAGUCCUGAUGUAUCUGGUUUCACUUUCUUGUUGCUGAGAUGCAGAAGAAAAAAAAUCCCUCUCUAUUUAACGUCUUUGGCAGAAUGAGUGGUUUGGCUAUUUAAACAAAUACUGUCUUAAGCAUUAUUCAGCACUCUGUUUGAAAGUCUCAACAGUUUCGAUGCUGAAAUCUUUUUAUCAAUCUAAACUGGAUGACAAAUUUUCAUCUAAAAGUGAAGUUUUCAAUUUAGUUUUUAAUAAUGGUUUGAUGUCUUUAUGAAUUACAGCUUUAACCUAAACAGUAACCACAAUUGUAGUAUAUAAAGUGCAUAUACCAUAAUCAAAAGUUUGAAACUUCAUAUUUCUUAAAUUGUAGGUCAAACAUUAAUCACAUUUAGCAAACAUUUUUACAUUUAAACCUGUAUCUUAAAAAUAAGUGAAUUGAAAACUUUGAAUCAUUGUCUUGUCAAGGUUCAUGAUUCACAUUUUGAGAUGGAUUCUUUUCUUAAUGCAAUGCCUGACUUUUUGAUAAUUUUUUUUUUAAUUAGUACUUGAUCAUAUAUAGCAACUCGAUGUGCAGACUAUCCUUUAAAAGGACAUACUGUCUGUCUAUGUAGCAGUGGCUCCAAAGUGUUUUUGGGCAGUUUGAUACCUUUUAUAUCCGAAGUAGCCUUAACCAGUAAAGUAAAAAUUUACAAUUUGAGAAUACGCUAUUUUUACAAUUUCAAAAUAAUUUUUAACUGUGAAAAUUGGCCUAAAAUAAAUGAAUAUAAAUCUCUAAGCAAAUUAAAAUCAAAUACUUCUGUUAUAGCAACAAAAAUAGUAAUGGCUUUAUUAAAAACUGCCUGUCUUCAUCAGCAAUUUCUUUUUAAAAAAUUGUAAACUUUCCAUCAGAACUCUGUUCAAAACCAAAACCCUUGGUUUUUGAACCAGUUGGAUAUUUGCUGAAUAAAAUCACGUCUAAAACUAUAGAAUUUUAUGAAAUACAUUUAUUCAUAAAAAUAAGUUUAAAAGCAUUCUCUGAUGUGGGAAUCUAAACAUGAAAUUAAUAUGGUAUUAAUAGCCUAUAGGAAAUGUACGUAUGUAUGUGUUUCCUAGUAAAUUUUGUUUUUAUAAAACUUCUAAAUUCACAAGCAAAUCCAGUCUCUUGCAUUUGAUUGGGGAUUUCAUAUUUCAACAACCUCAGAAAUCUGCACUUGACAUUAGGGAACUCUUAAUUUUUGAGGUUAAGUGCUCCUUAUUCUGUAUAAAACUUAUGGAACACAUGAUUUAUCUCUGUUUUUCCUUUUCAUGUGUGCAAGGCUUCCCCACAUUGCAUUCUUUGAUUGGGAUGAUUGCUUGUUAUAGUUAGGAACCUGCCUGCAACAUCAGUCUGAAAUACACCUUUCUUUGUCAAUCCUGUUUCAAACAGAUAUUUAGUCAAUAAGAACCUUCCUCUCACACCUUUUGGUAUGUGCCUCUGUACUUGGUAUGCUCUAGAGGACUGAAUUUACAAAUUAAUGCACAGAAAGCACUUACAUUUUACCUGUUAACCCUGAAAUAGCUGGAUUUAAUGGUAGCAUGAGGACUAAAGCUGGGAAGAGAUGGUUUUGUGGAACCGUUUAAUUCCAUUCUUCCAUGAAGUUUAUACAAAGUACACGUAAAUUCUUUAACCUAUAUGAUUUUUGGGGCUGCACAGUGCUGACCUUCUUUUCCUUUACUUACUCAAUCUUUUCAAGGCAUUGGCAUACAUUUAUUAAAUCACGUUUGGGUUAGGGUUUUCUUGGGGCAGGAAUAUAACUUGCUGCUAAUGUGAAAAAAUUUGCAUCAGAUGCAAAGAGCUUGAUGUGAAAAGGUAUAAUUGAUAAAGAAAUUAUUGCCUUAAUGCUUUUUUGGCAGAGUUGUAAAUACACUUAAAAUUUCUACCUGUAAAAGGUUUGGGUGUAAUUUACAAUGUGUGCCUAAAUUGAACCUUUGGUGACACAUGAGAGAAAUUUUAGGUUAAGUUUGGUAAUCAGGGCAUGACAUCUGUCAUUGAGGAUUUAUUGUGCUUAGCACUGUAUUUAACAGGAGGAGGAAAAAGUCUUGAAUGAAUAUCUGAUUAAAGUCUUAAGAGAAUAAAGUUUCUCCUUUAAAAAUUCA